UUAGCCUUCUUCCACUAUCGGAUUAUGUCGUGGUAGACGCACAUGUUCUCCUGACCAUGGAAGAGAGACAGGCGCUCCAAAGCCGCUCCCGUGGACGGGGCGGAUUUUUGCCACGCCCCCCUAUCACACCGGCAGAUCACAGGCCAAGCUCUUCACGCGGACAAAAGACCAAGCUGCCCCCGAUCAGGAAGUAUCCCGCUAUGGAGGAGAAAGGUUUUUACUCUGAGCUCAUUUCCACAGACGCCAGCCCUCGACUGCCGCCCUGUACACAGGGAGCGGAGACCCAGCAAAGUCUGCUGUGCCAAGCGGGCUAUGAGUCCAACACCCCCAAAGUGACGACCUUCCAGACCCCUGAGGACCUGCACAAGCUGCUGGAGAGGGACAAACAUGGACCAUCCACUCAGCUGCUGCUGCAGACAGACUUCCCCUCCAGGGGCUACACCGCCAAGGUCCAGAUGCCCCUCGACAGCCAGCCGGGCCAGCUCCCCCGUAAGCUUGAGAUCGAGAGACGGAGACGGAUGUACUUGGAGUGUGACAUUGGACAGCUCCUGAAAGAGCAGGGGAUUGAUUCCAACCAACUGAUGCACAGACACAAAAGCAUAGGAGAGACCUGCCCAGAGAACCCCUGCCCACCAGUAUCCAACUACCUGCCUCUUGAGGUAUUUGACAACGAGGAGUUUGACUGCCGCACCCCAGAGGACUGGCUGUCCCUGGGCUAUGAGGAGGGUUCAGAUGACCACAAGCCUGUCCCUGGCAAAGCGCUGUUACCUAUUGAUGACAAGAUGGCGCAUGAAGACCCACAGAGCCCUGCUCUAGAGUACUGCUGGCAGUCCGUCGGGGUUCUGGACUUUAACACACAGAAGAAGCUCUACCUGGUCCACAAGGCUGAUCCUGUUGGUAGAGUGAGGGAUGACAAGGGAAAUCCCAUUAUCAUUAACGGAAGCCAGAACAAUAAAGAGCUGCAGCCUGGUCUGUACUGGGUUCCCAGGAUCCGUCUGAACUUCAGCGCAGAGGACCCGCGUGUCUUUGCGCAGAGAGUGCUGUCAGCCCAGCGGUGGAGAGAAAACACAGAGGCCCUGCUCCUUUACCAUCUGUCCGUUGACUGCAUGCCAGUGUGGAGCAGCUCGCCCUCCCUCCAUCCAGGAUGGCUCGCUCGCAUCAAGAAGCACGCCCUCUCCACACCUGGCCUCCGGUUACAACUACUUCAGGAGUGUGUGAGCCAUCUGGAGAGGGAGAUCAGUCUGGAGUACGACCGCACCAUGAACCGGAUCUGCUUCGACAAGGUUGUGACAAGCAGUCCAGAUGAGUUCUCCCACAUCACCCUGCCCCAAAAGGAGCCUGAGUCUGUGCCGGAGAAAGGUUUUGUGGAAGUUCCUGACUACCCUUUCCAGCAGAACCGGAAAACGUUUUCCCACAAGUCCCUGCUGACCAAGCCACAGGUGAUCGCCGCGCUCUCCAGCGUGCGUGCAGAGUGCAACAAGGUGGCAGCCAUGUGCCUGUUCCACAUCACCUUCACCAAGGCGCUGCGUCUGGAGGAGUUUGAGCUGGCGCAGUCUCAGACGCAUACACAGAUGCAGCUGUUUCUGCGUGAAUCCUGGGUGUCCAACCUCUGCUCUGCCAUCCGCUUUAACCUGCGAGACGACAACAUGGGCUGGUUCCGCCUGACCGAGUCCAGCUGGGAGGUGUACCGCUUGUCCAAGCUCUUCUGCCUGAUGACACAGGUCCGCUACAGCCUGCAGGACUCGCUGCGCUUCCUGGUGCAGGACUCACUGGUCAGCCUGGGCAGGCUGGUGCUGGACGCCUGCCACACUGUUCUCUCCCUCCCGGAGGACCUGACCUGGGGGUCUGAUCUCAUCAACAGCCCUUACAAACCAAAGAAGCACCCGCUGUUCCUGGUGGAUCUCGUCCUUGACCAGAAUGGAGUCGGCUACAGCACCCCUCUGGAGAAUUUCGAAAAGAGCGUCAUCAACCUGUUUGACAAAGGGAUCAUGUCCACACACAACAUCCCGCAGUUGGACAAGUUUGUGCUGAAGGACAUGUUCAUCAGUGGGACACCCCUGCUGGAGUCUGUGGCAUUAUGGGAGCCAGCAGUGGUGGAAGUGCGCGAGAGAAUUCGAGCUGCCCUGCGUCAGGCCACUGUGCCGCUCAAGGCUUACGCCCGCGAGUAUGAGCGCCACCUAGAGCUGCAGAACUUGGACAUCGAAACCUAUCUCACGACUUACAGCAAGCCGGAGCAGACACCCCAGGAGGUGAGGCAAGAGGUGGAUCGGCACUUGCAGGAAAAGAGCCGUCUGGACCACACCCUCCCUGCCUCCAUUGUCAUUGGACCAUACAUGGUCAACGUGGAGACUGCGCGCCAGAGCCUGUCCAACAAACGCCGUGGCCUGGCUCAUGCUGUGCUGGACCGCCUCGCCGCAAAGCUGCGCCAGCAAAUAGACAAUGCAUCUGAGGAGUGUAAGGAAAUCAGUUUAAAACUUUUUGAGAAACCCGACAGCAUUGAGGAGCUGACCGAGAAGCGUGAAUGGAUGAAGCAGAUCCCAGAACAGGUCAAGACUCAUGAGGAGUUCAUCUCCAAAGUCACGACAGAUUAUGAGCUAAUUGACGAGUUCUUUUACAACCUGUCCGACGCAGACUUCACUGCAAAAUGGACUGCAGUGGGCUGGCCUCACAAGAUCCUGUGCCAGGUGGAGACGGUGAAGGCUCAUCACGAGGAAGACGAAGACCGCUUCCACAAGAUCCAGCUGCUGGACCAGAACAACCUCCAGGAGCGGCUGGACUCAUUGCAGAUGCUGGUUGCAGGAUUCUCUGCCUACAAUGACCUUGGACGUACCCAUGAGGUGGCCAAUGAGGUGCGCCGUGUCUCAAAGCAGCUGAAGGAGGUGCAGAACCUGGCACAACUCUACAACAGCCGGGAGCGCCUCUUUGGCAUCCCCGUCACAAACUACGACCGCCUGCAGAGGCUGGUCCGGGACUUCCAGCCAUACCGCGACCUGUGGACCACCACUUCCGACUGGAUGCGCUGGCACGAGAGCUGGAUGCAGGACCCGCUGUCCAGCAUCGACCCCGAGCUGCUGGAGCGCAGCGUGAGCGACACACACAGGACCAUGCACAAGUGUGUCAAGCAGUUCAAGGACAUCCCAGCCUGUCAGGAGGUGGCGAUUCACGUCCGUGGGAAAAUCGAGGAGUUCCGACCAUACAUCCCCCUGAUCCAGGGGCUGCGGAACCCAGGGAUGCGCAGCCGCCACUGGGAGGUGCUGUCACAGCGCAUUGACAUGAAGGUGAAACCCAAGGCCAACCUCACGCUCACCCGCUGCCUGGAGAUAGGCCUGCAGAACCACGUGGAGGACAUCGCCCAGGUGGCCGAGAUUGCCGGAAAAGAGUUCGCUAUUGAGCAGGCUCUGGAUAAAAUGGAGCAGGAGUGGUCUCCAGUGCAGUUUGAGGUGCUGCCCUAUAAGGACACAGGGACUUACAUCCUGAAGAGCCCAGAUGAGGCAUCCCAGCUGCUGGACGACCACAUCGUCAUGACCCAGAGCAUGUCCUUCUCUCCCUACAAGAAGCAGUUUGAAGAGCGCAUCAGUACUUGGGAGACCAAGCUCAAGCUGACCCAGGAUGUUCUGGAGGAGUGGCUGACCUGCCAGCGCUCCUGGCUCUACCUGGAGCCCAUCUUCAGCUCUGACGAUAUCAACCGCCAGCUGCCAACAGAGGCGACGCGUUACCAGACCAUGGACCGCACCUGGCGGAAGGUCAUGAAAAACGCCUUUGACAACAAGCAGGUGAUUGAUCUCUGCCCAGACCCCCGCCUGCUGGACAGCCUGAGGAACUGCAACCGGCUGCUGGAGCAGGUGCAGAAGGGCCUGAGCGAGUACCUAGAGACCAAGAGAGGGGUCUUCCCCAGAUUCUACUUCCUGUCUGAUGAUGAGCUCCUGGAGAUUCUGUCUCAGACCAAAGACCCCACAGCGGUGCAGCCACACCUGCGGAAGUGCUUUGAGAACAUUGCCCAGCUGCAGUUCCAGUCUGAUCUGGUCAUCACACACAUGUACUCUGCGGAAGGGGAGGAGGUCAAGCUCUUCAUCCCCGUGAUGCCCUCUGGGAAUGUGGAGGACUGGCUGAGGGAGGUGGAGAAGUCCAUGAAGGCCAGCCUGAGAGACAACAUCGACCGCUCCCUGAAGGAAUACCCCGAGGUCACACGCACAGAGUGGGUGUUAUCCUGGCCAGGACAGGUGGUCAUUGCUGGCUGCCAGACCUUCUGGACCUUAGAGGUGUCCGAGUCGCUGGAACAGGGAGACCUGGGCAGCCGACUGUACCCCCAGCUGCAGACACAGCUGGGAGACCUGGUGCAGUUGGUCCGGGGUCAGCUGUCCAGGAUGCAACGCUCUGUGCUUUCGGCCCUCAUCGUCAUUGAGGUCCACGCCAAGGAUGUAGCGGCCAAGUUGGUGGAGGAGGGAGUCUCCAGCGUCAAUGACUUCGAAUGGAUCAGCCAGCUCAGGUAUUACUGGGCCAGAGAUGACCUCUAUGUUCGGGCAGUGAAUGCUGAGUUCCUCUAUGGCUACGAGUACCUGGGCAACACGGGACGUCUAGUCAUCACCCCUCUGACAGACAGGUGCUACCUGACCCUUACAGGUGCACUGCAUCUGAAGUUUGGGGGUGCCCCAGCUGGCCCUGCAGGGACAGGGAAAACUGAGACCACCAAGGACCUGGGCAAAGCCCUGGCUAUCCAGACUGUGGUCUUUAACUGUUCCGACCAGCUGGACUUCAUUGCCAUGGGCAAGUUCCUUAAGGGUUUGGCCAGCUCUGGGGCGUGGGCGUGUUUCGAUGAGUUCAACCGAAUUGAUGUGGAAGUGCUGUCAGUCGUGGCUCAGCAGAUCACCACCAUCCAGAAGGCCCAGCAACAGAGAGUAGAGCGGUUUACAUUUGAAGGAGUGGACAUUCCUUUGGUUCCUUCCUGCGCUGUCUUCAUCACCAUGAACCCAGGCUAUGCUGGCCGCACUGAGUUGCCAGACAACCUUAAGGCAUUGUUCCGCCCUGUUGCGAUGAUGGUCCCAGACUAUGCCAUGAUCGCUGAGAUCUCCCUGUACUCCUUCGGCUUCAGUGACGCCAAAGUCCUGUCCAAGAAGAUCACCACCACUUUUAAGCUUUCAUCAGAGCAGCUGAGCUCCCAGGAUCACUAUGACUUCGGAAUGAGAGCAGUGAAGACAGUGAUCUCUGCUGCUGGGAAUCUUAAAAGGGAGAACCCAGACAUGAAUGAGGAGCUAAUUUGUCUCCGGGCAAUUCGGGAUGUAAAUGUGCCCAAGUUCCUGCAGGAUGACCUCAAGCUCUUCAGCGGCAUCGUGUCGGACCUCUUCCCCAAGAUCCGCGAGGAGCCCAUCGACUACGGCACCCUGGAUGAGUCAAUCCGCAAUAUCUGUGCCAAGAAUUGCCUGAAAGAUGUGGAUGGUUACAUCACUAAGUGUAUCCAGCUGUACGAGACCACCGUGGUGAGGCACGGCCUUAUGCUGGUGGGACCCUCGGGCUCUGGCAAGACCAAGUGUUAUGAGAUCCUCGGGGCAGCGAUCACUGCGCUGCAGGGCCAGCCCUCUGUCAGUGGGGGCGUGUAUGAGGCUGUGAAGACCUAUGUCCUCAACCCCAAAUCCAUCACUAUGGGACAGCUGUACGGGGAGUUCGACCUGAUGACUCAUGAAUGGACGGAUGGCAUCCUGUCCUCCCUGAUCCGCACGGGCGCGGCCUCCAUGGACCAGCAGAAGAAGUGGUACAUGUUUGACGGCCCCGUGGAUGCGGUGUGGAUCGAAAACAUGAACACAGUCCUAGACGACAACAAGAAGCUGUGUCUGAGCUCUGGAGAGAUCAUCAAACUCUCUGAUGUGAUGACCAUGAUGUUUGAGGUGCAGGACCUGGCCGUGGCUUCCCCAGCGACGGUGUCCCGCUGUGGGAUGGUGUACCUGGAGCCCAGCAUCUUGGGCCUUACCCCCUUCACCGAAUGCUGGCUGCGCACCAUCCCGGGCCCCAUUCAGCCUUAUGCAGAGCAGCUCACCUCCCUCUUCAACAGGUUCUUGGAGGAGUCCAUUGCGUUUGUUCGCACUUCGGUGAAGGAGGUCAUCGAUUCCAUGGACAGCAACCUGACCUGCAGUCUGCUGAAGCUGCUGGACUGCUUCUUCAGGCCCUUCAUCCCCAGAGAGGGAGAGAAACCGCACCCCCAGGAAAAGGUGUCUCGCCUGAGAGAACUCAUCGAACCCUGGUUCAUCUUCUCGCUGGUGUGGAGUGUUGGGGCCACAGGCGAUGCCGACAGCUGCCAGCGAUUCAGUUCCUGGCUCCGCGGCAAAAUGGCCAAGGAGAAGGUGGCAUUAUGUUUCCCAGAGGAGGGACUGGUCUAUGACUACCGCCUAGAUGAUGCAGGGAUCAGUAGCCCAGAGGAAGAUGAGGAUGAGGGCAAGGCGAGGAAGUGAUCAUUACUGCUUAUACAGGUGCGAUGGGCCAGCUGGAUGGAGUCUUCUCAGAGCUUGGUCAUCACUCCAGACACUAGCUACUCUGACAUCAUCGUCCCCACACAGGACACGGUGCGCAUGUCCUUCCUCCUGGACAUGCUGCUGUCCAACAAGAAGCCUGUGCUGUGUAUUGGGCCCACCGGCACAGGGAAAACCCUCACCAUGGCAGACAAACUGCUGAAGAACAUGCCAGCUGAGUACAUCACCCACUUCCUCAUGUUCUCCGCUCGCACCUCUGCCAACCAGACACAGGACUUCAUUGACAGCAAGCUAGACAAGAGGCGGAAAGGUGUCUUUGGACCCCCAUUGGGAAAGUACUACAUCUUCUUCAUUGAUGACCUUAACAUGCCGAUGCUGGAGACCUAUGGCGCCCAGCCCCCCAUUGAGCUUCUCCGGCAGUGGAUGGACCAUGGUGGCUGGUAUGACAGGAAGCAGAUCGGAACCUUCAAACGCCUGGUGGACAUCAACUUUGCCUGCGCCAUGGGCCCCCCUGGAGGGGGCAGGAAUCCCAUCACCCAGCGGUUCACCCGUCACUUCAACUUCCUGUCCUUCACAGAGAUGGAUGACAGCAGCAAGAGGAAGAUCUUCUGCACCAUCCUGGGCAACUGGAUGGGGCCAGUUGAGGAGAUACAGCCACUGAACGUGCCCCUGGUGAAUGCCACAAUCAAGGUCUACUCCACCAUUACCUCCCAGCUACUGCCAACGCCUGCCAAGUCCCACUACACCUUCAACCUGCGUGACCUGUCCAAAGUCUUCCAGGGCAUCCUGAUGGGAGAGGCCAAAAUGUUUGGGGAUAAGCUGAAGCUGCUGCAGCUCUGGUACCAUGAGAGCUGCCGGGUCUUCCAGGACCGCCUGGUGAGCGAAGAGGACCGGUGCUGGUUUGACCAGCUGCUGCAGGCUCGGAUUGAGGAGUUUGAGUGCUCCUUUGAGGAGGUGGUGCCCACCCAGCCUGUCCUAUUCGGGGACUUCAUGGUCCCGAAUGCCACCAAUAAAGUGUACCAGCUCGUUGAGGACAAAGAGAGGCUGUCUUCUGUGCUGGAAGAGUACAUGGAAGACUAUAACCAGAUCAGCACCACCAAGAUGAAGCUGGUUCUCUUCAUGGACGCCAUCCAGCACGUGUGUCGGAUCAGCCGCAUCCUACGUCAGCCUCUCGGCAAUGCUCUGCUGCUGGGGGUCGGGGGCAGCGGACGCCAGUCCCUCACCAAGAUGGCCACCCACAUGGCUGAUUAUGAGUGCUUCCAGAUCGAACUGUCCAAAAACUAUGGCCAGUCUGAGUGGAGGGACGAUAUCAAAAAGAUCAUGCUGAAGGCUGGCCUGCAAAAUGAGCCAAUCACUUUCCUGUUCGUGGACACACAGAUCAAGUGUGAGUCGUUCCUGGAGGACAUAAACAACAUCCUGAACUCGGGCGAUGUUCCCAACCUGUACGCGCUGGACGAGCAGGACCGCAUCCUCAACGGCAUGAAGCCCGUGGUGCAGGACCUGGGCCUGCAGCCCACCAAGACCAACCUGAUGGCAGCCUACAUCAAGAGGGUCCGCACUAAUAUCCACACCGUGCUGUGCAUGAGUCCGAUUGGGGAGGUGUUCCGGGCCCGUCUCAGGCAGUUCCCCUCCCUGGUUACCUGCUGCACCAUCGACUGGUUUAGCGCCUGGCCAGAGGAGGCGCUCCAGUCCGUCGCCGCCUCCUUCCUCACCGAGCUGCCGGAGCUGGAGGCGGGGGCAGCUGUGCUGACGGGGCUGACCACAAUGUGCAUGGAGAUCCACCAGGGUGUGGCCAGGAAGUGCGAGCAGUACCUGGCAGAGCUUUCACGGCACAACUACAUCACGCCCAAGAGCUACCUGGAUUUGCUAGGCAUCUUCUCUGCCCUCAUUGGCCGCAAGAAGCAGGAACUGCACAGUGCCAGGCAACGCAUGAAGACAGGCCUGGACAAGCUGCUGAACACAGCGGAGGAUGUCAGUAAGAUGCAGGAGGAGCUGGAGACAAUGAGGCCCAUGCUUGAGGAGGCAGCACGGGAAACCCUGGUUACCAUGGAGCAGAUCAAGAAAGACACGGCAGUUGCUGAAGUGACUCGCUCAGAGGUCCAGGCAGAGGAGGCCAAAGCCUCAGCAAAGGCUGCUAAAGCCCAGGCCAUCGCUGACGAUGCCCAGAAGGACCUGGAUGAGGCACUGCCUGCGCUGGACGCUGCCCUCGCCAGCCUUAAGUCCCUCAACAAGAACGACGUUACUGAGGUGCGGGCAUUGCAGAGGCCCCCUCAGGGUGUGAAACUGGUCAUCGAAGCCCUCUGCAUUUUGAGGGGCAUUAAGCCAAAGAAGGUGGCUGGGGAAAAGCCUGGCACUAAGGUAGAUGACUACUGGGAGCCAGGCAAAGGCCUGCUGCAGGACCCGGGCAAGUUCCUGGAGAGCCUGUUCAAAUUCGACAAGGACAACAUCCCAGACAAUGUGAUCAAGAUGGUCCAACCGUACAUAGACAAUGAGGAGUUCCAGCCCGCCUCUAUCGCUAAAGUGUCCAAGGCCUGCAAGUCCAUCUGCGAGUGGGUGCGCGCCAUGCACAUGUACCACUUCGUGGCCAGGGGGGUGGAGCCCAAAAGGCAAGCGCUCCGGGAGGCUCAGGAGGACCUGGAUGCGACCCAGAAGAUCCUGGACGAGGCCAAAGGGAAGCUGGCUGUUGUGGAGGAGGGCAUCGCUUCCCUAGAGGCCACGUACCGCGACUGCCUGGCCAAGAGGGACGAGCUGGACCACAAGUGCUCGCUGUGCGAGGCGAGGCUGGUCCGGGCCGACAAGCUGAUCGGUGGGUUGGCGGAUGAGAAGGUGCGCUGGAGUGAGACGGUGCAGAACCUGGAGUACAUGGUGAACAACGUGUCGGGCGACGUGCUGCUGGCGGCGGGAUACGUGGCGUACCUGGGCCCCUUCACCGGCGAGUACAGGGCAGCCAUGGCUAAAGAGUGGUUACAGAGGUUCAAGGAGCUUGGUGUUCCACACACAGAGGAGCCCGAUCUGAUCAGCACACUUGGCGACAAGGUCAAGAUCCGAUCCUGGCAGAUCACAGGGCUGCCAAAGGACGUUCUGUCAGUGGAGAAUGGGGUGAUCACACAGUAUUCUCAGCGCUGGCCAUUGUUCAUAGACCCACAGGGACAAGCCAACAAAUGGAUCAAAAACAUGGAGCGUGAAGCUGGAUUGGAUGUGAUGAAGCUGAGCGAUCGGGACUUCCUGCGCAGUCUGGAGAAUGCCAUUCGUUUCGGAAAACCCUGCCUGCUGGAGAACGUGGGCGAGGAGCUGGACCCUGCUCUGGAGCCUGUUCUGCUGCGUGAAACCUUCAAGCAGCAGGGCAGCACAGUGAUGAAACUGGGAGACACCAUCAUCCCCUACCAUGAUGACUUCAAGAUGUACAUCACCACCAAACUGCCCAAUCCACACUAUUCCCCCGAGAUCUCCACCAAAGUGACCCUCAUCAACUUCACCCUGUCGCCCAGUGGCCUGGAGGAUCAGCUGCUGGGCUGUGUGGUGGCAGAGGAGCGGCCAGACUUGGAGGAGGCCAAGAACCAGCUGAUUGUGAGCAGCGCACGCAUGAAGCAGGAGCUGAAGGAGAUCGAGGAUCAGAUCCUGUUCCGGCUGAGCUCCGUAGAGGGGAACCCAGUGGACGAUGAGGAGCUGAUCAGGGUGCUGGGGGCCUCAAAGAUCAAAGCAGCUGAGAUAGAGGCGAAAGUGAUGGUGGCUGAGGAGACGGAGCGGGACAUUGACGCCACGCGGCUGGAGUACGUGCCGGUGGCCGUGCGCACGCAGAUUCUCUUCUUCUGCGUCUCGGACCUCUCUAAUGUCGACCCCAUGUACCAGUACUCCCUCGAGUGGUUCCUGGGCAUCUUCAUGGCGGGCAUCGCCAACUCUGAAAAAGCGGAUACGGUGGCGCAGCGGAUCACCAACAUCAACGAGUUCUUCACCUUCAGCCUGUACUGCAACGUGUGCCGGAGCCUGUUCGAGAAACACAAGCUGAUGUUCGCCUUCCUGCUGUGCGCUCGCAUCAUGAUGAACGAGAACAAGAUCGACAUGGCGGAAUGGCGCUACAUGCUGUCGGGGGGCAUGGCCCAGGACCAGCUCCCCAACCCUGCAGUCGAUUGGCUGUCUGACAGGGCGUGGCAGGACAUCCUUGGUUUGAGUGCCCUGCCCACCUUCGGCCAUUUGGCAGAGAGUUUCCCACAGCAUGUCACCGGAUUCCGGGCCAUCUUCGACAGCAGCCAGCCACACAGGGAGCCUCUACCAGGAGAAUGGAAUGCAAAGCUGGACUCCUUCCAGAAACUGUUGGUUCUGCGCUGCCUCAGAGCUGACCGCCUCACCCACGGCAUGCAGGACUUUGUGGCGGCUCAGCUGGGCCAGCGUUUCAUCGAGCCUCAGACAUCUGACCUCUCUGUGGUGUUUAAGGAGUCGUCCCCCUCCACCCCUCUCAUCUUUGUGCUGUCCCCCGGGACUGACCCUGCUGCUGAUCUGUACAAGUUUGCUGAGGUCAUGAAGUUCUCCAAGAAGAUGAGCGCCAUCUCUCUGGGCCAGGGCCAGGGCCCAUGGGCAGAGGCCAUGAUGCACAAAGCCAUGGAGAAGGGCCACUGGGUCUUCUUCCAGAACUGUCACCUGGCACCCAGCUGGAUGCCCUCUCUGGAGAGACUCAUCGAGAAUAUCGAUCCCGACAAGGUGCAGCGCGACUUCCGCCUCUGGCUGACCAGCCUGCCCAGCAACAAGUUCCCCGUAGCUAUCCUGCAAAACGGCUCCAAGAUGACCAUAGAGCCUCCUCGCGGCAUCAAGGCUAAUCUGCUGAAGACUUACCUGAGCCUCUCUGAUGACUUCUUCGCAUCCUGCUCCAGGACCGGCCAGUUCAAGUCCCUGCUCCUCUCUCUGUGCCUCUUCCACGGGAAUGCCAUUGAGCGCAGGAAGUUUGGCCCGCUUGGCUUCAACAUCCCCUAUGAGUUCACGGACGGUGACCUGCGCAUCUGCAUCAGUCAGCUGAAGAUGUUCCUGGACGAGUAUCAGGAUAUCCCCUACAAGGUCCUUAAGUACACAGCAGGCGAGAUUAACUAUGGUGGCCGUGUGACGGACGAUUGGGACCGGCGCUGCAUCCUGAAUGUUCUGGAAGAUUUCUACUGUCCUGCUGUUCUAAGUGAGGAGCACAUCUACUCUCCCUCCGGAGUGUACCGUCAGAUUAGCACGCAAGAGGACGUCAAGGGCUACCUGGACUAUAUCCGCGGCCUGCCCAUAAAUGACACACCUGAGAUCUUCGGUCUCCAUGACAAUGCCAACAUCAGCUUCGCCCAGAAUGAGACGUUUGCUCUGCUGGGGGCUGUAGUCAAGCUGCAGCCCAAAGCAGCAGCCAGUGGCGGCAAGGGCAGGGAGGAGAUUGUAGAGGAGCUUGUUACGGGCAUCAAGGAUAAGGUUCCUGAGCCCAUCAAUGUGGAGGAGGUGAUGACGAAGUACCCCAUUCUGUAUGAGGAGUCUAUGAACACUGUGCUGAUUCAGGAGGUUAUCAGGUAUAACAAGCUGCUGGUUGUAAUAUCCCAGAGCCUCAGUGAUCUGGUGAAAGCCCUGAAAGGUUUGGUGGUGAUGUCAUCAGAGCUGGAGCUGAUGGCCAACAGCCUCUUCAAUAACUCCGUUCCAGACAUGUGGCAGGGCAAGGCAUACCCCUCGCUGAAGCCCCUGUCCUCCUGGGUUAUGGACCUGCUCCAGAGGAUUAACUUCCUGCAGGACUGGAUCUCCAACGGAAUCCCAGCUGUCUUCUGGAUCAGCGGCUUCUUCUUCCCCCAGGCCUUUCUGACCGGCACCAUGCAGAACUUUGCCCGCCGCUCCGUCCUCUCUAUUGACACGGUUGGCUUCGACUUCCAGGUGAUGAAGGAGUCGGUGGAGGAGCUGAAGGAGCGUCCAGACAUGGGCUGCUAUAUCCACGGUUUGUUCCUUGAGGGGGCACGCUGGGAUGGCCAGGCAGGGCAGUUGAUCGAGUCGCGGCCCAAGGAGCUGUACACUGAGAUGGCAGUCAUGUGGAUGGUGCCUGUGCCCAACCGCAAGCCGCCUCCAUCUGGGGUGUAUGUCUGUCCCAUCUACAAAACCCUCACACGAGCAGGAACUCUAUCCACCACGGGUCACUCCACCAACUACGUCAUCGCUGUGGAGCUGCCCACGGACUGCACCCAGAGGCACUGGAUCAAACGGGGUGUGGCACUGAUCUGUGCGCUGGACUACUAGAGACCUUACCCCCCCAUCACCCCAUCCCCAUUUCAGUCCCUCUUACAGGAACCUGGGCACUCCUUGGCCAUCCACUGUAUUAAUGUCAGCAGUUAGGACAAGUGUACCUUUGCAGUGGGAACUGAAUGGCUUGCUUUGGAGUGAAGUGAUGCUUUUCACCUCCACUACCAUCGCCAUCUUACCACACACACACAUACAUAGACAUACAGUGUCUCAGAGCACUAAGC